CAACAGUUUUUUUUUUUAAUCUUUUCUUUGACUAACCCUGUCAGUAACGUGCAUUCUUUUAAGUAAAAAUAAAUGUGCUUCUGUGUUUCAGUCUCGCAAUGCAAAGGUAUGAUGUUAUUUGUUAUCCUGCCCAAAAAAGUCCGUAUUCAAAAACUUUGCCAGAAGAGGGAGAGAGAGAGAAGGGAACUAUUCUCCCAGCUGUUUCCUGUCUACAGUGUCUGUGUAAAUGUAGAUAAAUGUGAGGCUUUUCUGUAAAUCCCUCUUCUGUUUGCAAAAUCUGACUGUCACUGCUAAAAUCAGAGCAGAUAGUCUACGCAAUGGAACAAAGUCCUCUAUAUUGAAAUGUGACAUUGCUCUCAACAUCUCCACUGGAUUCCUCUUAUUAUCACAGCUGACAAUUCAAUUCCCAGUCUCUGCUCCUCAGAAGCCAUGGAAAAAAACAACAGUCUUUCAGCACAAUUAUUUAAGUGCUACUUUUGUGAUUUCUUAAAGCUGAAGAUGCACAAAAUGUCCUAUAUUCAUCUCCUCUACCUGGCUUUGUGUUUUCUGACUUUAACCCAUUCAGCAGCUGCUGGACCAGAGACCCUCUGUGGUGCUGAACUGGUAGACACUCUUCAGUUUGUCUGUGGAGACAGAGGCUUCUAUUUUAGCAAGCCAACAGGGUACGGAUCCAGCAAUCGAAGAGCGCAUCACAGAGGAAUAGUAGACGAGUGCUGUUUCCAAAGCUGUGAUUUCAGAAGGCUAGAGAUGUACUGCGCUCCAGCCAAGCCAGCCAAAUCAGCACGUUCUGUACGUGCUCAACGUCACACUGAUAUGCCAAAAGCCCAGAAGGAAGUACACCCGAAGAAUACAAGUCGAGGAAACACAGGAAGUCGAGGAUUCCGAAUGUAAAUGCUGCCACUAAAAAUCUUGGAGUAUGAAUGUACCAUCUGCAGGAUACUUUUACUGUAUGGAAAAGGAACAAAAAACAGUGGAAGAUAUCAAACAAUUAUCUGACUAUGAACAAGUUUUAACAACAUCUCAACCAAUGGGCAUUCUCCCUCUAAACAAUUCAAAUACACAUUCCAAUGUUAUAAACAUUCUUGCCAGCUAA